AUGGCCACUGAACAGACUGGCCCGGCGGCCGCCUUCCCCACGCCUCCGCCUUUCUACCACCACUUCACAAAGCAAAACCUCGCGCGCAUCCGACAGAUUCGCAGGGAGGCAGGCGCGUCAGCAACUUCGGAUGGCCAAGAUGAGUCCAACCGAGACAUCCAUGUCCUUUCACUGCCCACGGAGCUUCGCUAUCUCAUACCACCGGAGCCACCGGGCGACAAUGCGAACUACAUGAGCUUCGGCAAUGACAUGACUCGGAACGCAACUGAUCCUACCCUCGCCGACUCCAAGAUCGAACAGCUCUACCCAUCAGAUCCCUCGGUCCGCCUCAAUCCGCAACCAUACCUACUAGCGCUCGCGCGCUCCAUGCUCACCACCUUCCUCUCCCUCACCGGCAUCCUGAGCGAAAAUCCAGAGCUGCAGGAAAUGAAGUCGUUGGACCUACAGGCUAUUGUGUUCAACAUGCACGAUCUGAUCAAUCAGUAUCGCCCACAUCAGGCGCGCGAGACAUUGAUUCUGAUGAUGGAGGAGCGUGUGGAGCAGAUGCGAAAAGAAAUCCGGGCCGUAGAUGAGGGACAGAAGAAAGUGCAGAAGCUGUUACAGGACCUACAGACCAAUGGACAGGCGCAGGCAUUACAGGAAGACGACGCAGGCCGGGAGAAGAUUGGACAAGACCUGGACGCGAAGAAGCGAAGAGCUAGGCAGAGCGCCGCAUGGGCUGCGCUGGAGGCUGAAAUGGGUUGA